GCACAGAGUCUGCGCGAGUGUCCUGGUGGCCGAAGGGACGGGCCAGCCGCCUCAGCGCAUGCCCCGUGCGCGCGCAGUGCCGGCGGCAGUGAUGGCGGCUCGGUGUGUGAGGCUGGCGCGGCACAACCUCCCGGCUUUGGCGUUGUCUCUCAGGUCCUCUCCUCGGCUGCUGUGCACAGCUACAAAGCAGAAGAACAAUGGCCAGAACUUGGAGGAGGACGUGGGUCAGAAUGAACAGAAGACAGAUCUGCCCUCUGCAGAGAAGACACUGAUGGAAGAGAAGGCCAAGCUGGAAGAGCAGCUGAAGGAGACCAUGGAAAAAUAUAAGCGAGCUUUAGCAGAUAGUGAGAACUUGCGGCAGAGGAGCCAAAAAUUGGUGGAGGAGGCGAAACUAUAUGGCAUUCAGGGCUUCUGCAAGGACUUGCUGGAGGUGGCAGACAUUCUGGAGAAGGCAACACAGUGUGUCCCAAAGGAGGAGAUUAGAGACGAUAACCCGCACCUGAAGAACCUCUACGAGGGGCUCGUGAUGACUGAGGUCCAGAUCCAGAAGGUGUUCAGGAAGCACGGCUUACUCCGGCUGAACCCUGUGGGGGCCAAGUUCGACCCCUACGAGCACGAGGCCUUGUUCCACACGCCGGUUGAGGGCAAGGAGCCGGGCAUGGUGGCGCUCGUUAACAAAGUGGGGUACAAGCUGCACGGGCGCACCCUGAGACCCGCCCUGGUUGGGGUGGUGAAGGAGGCGUAGCGGCCCUCCCGGGCUCCGGGGCUUUGUUAGGAUCACUCGCUGACUCGGGCCGCUUCAUCUUUUCUGGUCUGCGGGCGCGCUUGACCUUUUCCUAAACCUUGUUGCCAGGCUUUAGUGACCAGUGGCUGGACAGGAAGCAAGCCAGUUGCACAGUCGUGUUAAUGAACAUUCGGGAGUUACUAGUUCCACGUGCUUACGGGACAGGCCGGCGGGACGCUACUGGACCCUAGGGUAUCGGGAAAAACACCGUGUCUGCUCAGACUCGGGGGACGUCAGGGUAUUUCAAGUGAAUAAAAGGUCUUCAGGAAUCCUGCUGUUCGCUAGCUGGCUGCGCCGGCUGCACUGCGUCCUCUGCGUCUCCCUGUAGCACGCGACUUCCUGGACUGCUUAGCCCACCACCCGUCACUCAGUGAAGGCAAGGCAAGAGUUUAAACAUUUUUCUUGCUAAGAAAAGUUGUACGAUGCCCUUGGUGAAGAACAUAUUUGAGUUCGUUCAUGAUCAGUUACUGGCUCGCUGCUAAGAGCGAUCAUCUUCUGGCUUUGGGAGAUGUGAGACCCGCGGGCACACCCUAACGUCCUCACCUCCUUAUUUUGCCAGUAACUGAAUUUGACACGCUGAGUUACUUUUGUCCUGUUUGUUCGUCUCUUUAUAGAAAGGUUUAAAUCUAUACCCAACUAGUUACUAAUGAUCAGAAGGUACUUUCCCUAGUAAGAUGGAUUUUCUUAGAAAUCUGAGGACUGCGUGCUUGGUAUGUUUUAAAUGUUAAAUUUAAAAUUUUAUUUCAGAGGAUUAAAGCCCUGUUGUUUAUUUUCC